ACGCCGGAAGUCAAAAUCAACCCACACCGGCUUCAAGGGGGAGAAAGAGAAAGCUACAUUUUGUUGAAGAAAUAAAAAUGGCAGAAUCUGAGGCAAAUCCAGCUCCAGAAGAUGUACAUGAGGAAGAUACUAAUGCACCUGGAUAUAAACCACCAGAAUUUGAACCGUUGGAAAACAUCUUAAAGAAAGAUCAGGAGGAUGAGAGUCUCAAUAAAUAUAAACAGGCCUUGUUAGGUGGUGGUGAUGCUAAAGAUCCAUUCCCAAAUGACCCACGUAGAGUUAUAGUAACAGAGUUGGCAUUAGUUGUACAAGAUAGAGAGGAUGUUACAUUAGAUCUAACAGGUGAUUUAUCCAAAUUAAAAGAACAGGUAUUCACAAUAAAGGAAGCAGCCCCAUAUAAAAUGCGAGUAAAGUUCUUUGUCCAGAAAGGAGAACUUGUGUCUGGGUUAAAAUAUAUACAGAAAACUUACAGAAAGGGUGUUAAAGUCGAUACAUCAAAAUUCAUGGUUGGAAGUUACCCACCGAAGGCAGAAGCUCACACCUGGUCUACACCUAUAGAAGAUGCACCCUCAGGAAUGUUGGCAAGGGGAGACUACAAGGUGGAAAGUUUAUUUACUGAUGAUGAUAAAAAUGAACAUCUAAAAUGGACAUGGAAGUUUGAAAUCAAGAAAGAUUGGGCAUAAUAAUCCACCUUUGUGUAACAUGACAAAUCAACUGGUCAUUUUAACUCAUAAUAUAUAGCUUUUUACGAUUUUGUAUAAUAAUUUGUUUAUAAACUCUAAAAUUUAUUGCCUGAUUCAGUAUAGUUAUGUUGGCAGUCUAUAUUGUCAAGUGCCUAAAUACAGUAGUCAGCAUAGAUAUAUGUAUUCAAUAAGCUCCUUCUAUUUAGUGUAAAAACUCAACUUCCAAGUCUCAAACUAUAAUUAUGGAUAGUUAUCUUUCAUAAAUAUAUUAAUGUUACUAUAUUUUCAAAAGGUUCUGAUAUAUUUUGGCUUAUGUUAUAGUUACAAAAUAAGGAUUUUUAUUUACACUGAAGCAAGGGUUCAAAAUGUGUAGGUGCAAGGUCCAGGACCUUUUCAUGUAGCUUAUUGAUCUUACAUAACUUUCCACUGGAAAUCUGAAGAAAAAAAACAUUCAAUAUAUUCAGUUUCCUUGUUAAAGAACUUUAAUAAUAUUUUUUAAAACCUUUGGCAAGAGAGAGGACCUUAAGAUUUUCAAAUUUGAAUGUUUCAGACCUUAUUUGAUCAAUGAAAAAAAAACAGAAGCUCUCUUAAGUGAGUUGACAGGUUCUAGUACUGCUAUAGUAAAUGCCAAAUUAUAAAUUAUAUUUUCUUCUGAAUAUUAUCUUGUUUCUACUUAUUUGCAUGUGCCAAAUUGGUCCUUAUUUAUGUGGUUUCUGCUCAAAAUAAAAGUCACCAAAGAGAUUUCAGUACAUGUAUUACAUAAGGGUAGAAUUUAACCAAGUAUGGUAAUAUCAUAUUUUUUAACACACUUAUUUGUUUGGUAUAAGAAUGAAAUGAAUAAGUAAAAGACUCCGUCUUGUAACUAAAAGUUUUAUGAUCUCUGAUUUCAUUCUUUAAUGCUUGUCAACUUUUGUUUGGCUUUGUAAGACCUUAAUCAUUUCCCAUCAAAAUAGUUAACAGUCCAUGUCAUCCCUUGGCCUUUCUGUGGUAGGGUCAAAUUAUUAUGUAAUCUCAAGUUUGGUGAUUUUACUCCCAAUAUUAGAAGGGUCCUUUAUGGCUGCCAAUACAUUUAAAAUUCAUAAAACUGGUACACUUAUAUUAUCUUGAUCUUUAUGCAAACUAUCUUCAUAAUUGAUAUAAAUAUAUGUUUCCAAUUCACGUAUUUAUGUACUUAGUGUUCCCUGAGUUACAGUAUGUUUUAGAUAUAGGCAGACAGCAUAUUCCCAAAUUUGCUUUAUGACUAGCACUAGUACUUAAAAUUUUGUGGACUAACAUGUAAAUGAUUUUAACUGUUUUUGUAUGAGGUAUUUUGUUACAUAAAAACUUUUAGUGCAAUUUUCUCACAAACAGAACUUUUGUAGAAUAUCAAUUAGUUAUUUCAAGUUUUUUUUAUAUGAAAACUAUAUCAGAUUUUUCAUGUAUUUUGUGUUGAAUUUUCCAGCAUUUAUCUAUGUGCAAUGUUAAGAUUUUUGGUGUAGAACUUUGAAUGAGUUGCUUAAAACAGAUUUGAAAAAAGCCACAUAUUGAAAGUAACAGUGAAUUUUUUUUUUUUUGUUGCUAGUGUAAAUGUUUUAUGGAUAAAAAAUUUCAGAAUCUUUCAAAAACAUUAACACCUUAGACUUGAAAAUAAAUAAUAGUUUAGAUCUAAGCCCAUUUCACAAGUUAUGAACAAAUAUUGUUAAUUUGGUUGAAUAAUUUCACUGAAUAAUUUUUGCUCUUAAUGGAAAUAAAUUAACAUUGCUUGAUUUACAUAUAAUGAUAAUCUAAAGCGAACUAAUUUUAACACAAUUAAUAGAUAGAAUUAAUAAUUGAGCCAAGAGUAAGCAAUCAAAACAGAAUGUUAUAUUGAGAAUAAGGUGCAAUUUUUUGGUAAAGAUCUGAAGAACUAUUUGUAUGGUUAAAGUCAUAUCUGUUUUAAUGUUGUUUUUUUAUGCUGGUGCUGAUUCUAUGCAAUCAUCAUAAGUGCUGGACAUUAUGAAACAUGCCAAAUAAAUCAUGGUGUAUCCAU